AUGCGUCCCUCGCCGCAGCCUCUUGCCCUUUCGGCGGCGUCGUCGUCUUCACGCAAUUCCUCCUCCUCUUCUUCUCCAGCCUCUUCUUCGACCUCGUCUCCUCCCUCUACCGCCAUCUCCCGUCUUCAGCAAAUCUCCAAGCACAUCAUGUCGACACCAGCAGACUCCGCUUUGCGCUUCCCGGCCGACAUCGUGCCGCAGGCCCCCGAGGAUCCUCUCUUCGGCCUGAUGGCCGCCUACCGGGCGGACGAGAGCUCCGACAAGGUUGACCUGGGCAUUGGUGCGUAUCGUGACAACAACGGCAAGCCGUGGGUUCUGCCCGUUGUCAAGAAGGUUAGUAACUAUCAAUCCCCCUUCUUUCCCAACCAAUCCAUUCUCGGUCGACGUUUCCAAUUUUCUUUGCUUUUUGGUGCUCGUGCAGUGGAAGCUUUCCUGCAUGCGCUCCUUCCUCGUGGCGGACAGCUCCCUUCCCAAUCAGGCAGGAACCGGCCGUGA